AUGUGUUCCGCAAAGCAUUCUCAACGCAUAUCAUCUUCAGUAUGGUUAGACCCACAAAAUCCGUCGCACGUAUCUACCGGGAUGUAAAUGCAAAUUACGGGCCUACGUGGCAUGAAUAUGAUAACCUACAAGUACAGUGGGGUACACAAGAUCAUUACGAGAUUGUGCGGAAAGUUGGACGAGGAAAAUAUUCAGAGGUUUUCGAGGGCGUAAAUAUCGUGAAUGAGGAAAAGUGUAUCAUUAAAGUGCUCAAACCAGUGAAGAAGAAAAAGAUAAAGCGUGAGAUCAAGAUAUUACAAAACCUUGCUGGGGGGCCCAAUAUUGUCGCCCUUCUCGACGUCGUCCGCGAUCCAGCUUCCAAGAUUCCCAGUUUGAUCACGGAGUAUGUUGAAAACAUGGAUUUCAAAGUUUUGUAUCCGCGAUUUUCAGACCUUGAUGUUCGGUUUUAUAUGCUAGAGCUCCUUAAAGCCCUAGAUUUCUGUCACUCCAGAGGAAUCAUGCAUCGUGACGUGAAACCCCACAAUGUAAUGAUUGAUCACGAGCAACGCAAGCUGCGAUUGAUAGAUUGGGGACUAGCUGAGUUUUACCACCCGAAAACUGACUACAACGUCCGUGUGGCUUCGCGAUAUUUCAAGGGGCCGGAGCUGCUUGUAGAUUUCCAGGAAUAUGAUUACAGCUUAGAUAUGUGGAGCUAUGGAUGCAUGUUCGCUUCGAUGAUCUUCCGCAAAGAACCGUUUUUUCAUGGUCAUGAUAACUAUGAUCAACUCGUCAAGAUAGCUAAAGUACUAGGUACAGACGAGCUGUACUUAUACAUCGAUAAGUACGGUAUCCGAUUGGAUGCUCAGUACGACGAAUUAUUGGGAAGGCAUCCCAGAAAGCCGUGGGUGCGAUUUAUUACGUCGGAGAAUCAGCGAUAUAUAUCGAAUGAAGCGGUUGACUUUUUGGACAAAUUACUGCGCUAUGAUCACCAGGAACGUAUGACAGCGCAUGAGGCUCAGGGGCAUUCAUAUUUCGAGCCGAUACGCAAUCCGGUGAUUGCUGCAUCUGUAAAUGGCGAGAGAGAAUGCGCAAGCGAUUUAUCACCUCAAUAGAAGCCUGCAACCUUCUAAGGUUUAUACAACUAAAUCAUCAAGACUGUUUUGCAGGUCUUGCUCCCUUGAAAAUAUUCUUAGCUUCGUCCAUGAAAAAUAUAGCGAUGUUUUAUGGCGCGUUUUCGAUUUAACAACGGAAGAAAGUCGUAGCCCAAGAAGACUGAUUCCUCCGUGUCUCAUUCCAAUGAUUACUUAUUAUGAU